AGUAGAGUUUAAGCAAAUAAACUUUAAGUUAUUCCGCGAAAAACAAAAUAGAAACGAAUAAAAAAGGAAACAUGUUAAAAAAGAAAUUGUGUUUAUUGGGUCUUCUCAGUGCCUGCUGCUUGUUGAGUGCUGUUCAAGCUGAUGACUGUAGUGGGGGCUCAACUAGGAAUUUAGGUUUAUGUCAGGAAUUUCAAGUAAUACGAAAUUUAGCCCCUAAAGCCUCUGUCAUUGCACUCAUACAAAACCAUAUGCAAACUGACAUCAGAUUUCGUAAAGCCGUGCAAUAUAUGCUCUCGCCAGAUUUUGAUAAAACUACAGCAAAAAUCGAUGCCACAGCUGUAUACCAGAGCUUUUUAAAACAAUUCACCAACGCUGGUGUUAAUACCACCGACAUAGAUAGUGUUAGUAAAAUAUUCAAUUGUGUUCUGAUACCUAUACUCGUAGAAGCCACUGGUAAUUUUAGAUCUUCCUUUAAUACUGUCGUUGAGUCUCGUUCAUUGGAGACGUUUGUGCAGCAAGUUGGCGCCUUAAUACCUCAACAAGAAUUGGUCAAUACUUUAAAGAUGCAGGUAGCUGAAAAUAAAGAAUUUGCUAAAUUCUAUGGUGUAAUUCGUAAUCCCACUUUCCAAGCUAAUGUCAUGCAAGGAUUUAUCAAUCGUGAUAUAUCGCGUCCCAUCAAAACAUUGCGCCGUUACCAAAUAUAUUUGAGCAAAUUGACACAAUAUGUUUUUAAUAUGUUUGCUUUGGGCCCAGCUAUUUGAAAGGCUGUUUAAUGGCAAUACAAUUUAGAGCAAAAUUAACUAGAACGAAUUAUUGUAAAUAAAGUAAUUAAUAUAAAAUUAAAAAAAAAACAAUAAAUUCUUUGCAAUACGAAUUGAUCGUUUAUGAAACGGUCAUCAUAAAA